AUGGAAUAUUCAGAUGUGUGUGAACUUAUCCAACUAUGGGUUGCCGAAGGAUUCAUAAAAGCAUCUAAAAACGAAAUUUUGGGACAAGUUGCAGAGAGUUACAUAAAGGAGCUUGUUGAUAGGAAUCUUCUUUUAGUUUAUAGGUUGACAGAACACAACAAAGUAAAAUAUUAUUGUGUUCAUGAUCUUGUAAGAGAGUUGUGCAUAAAGACAGCAGAAAAGGAAGAUUUUUAUUGUGUGCAAAGAGACUUAGAUGGGAGGCGUCAUUACAUAUUUGAUGAAAGACCAGCAAGUUUUUACCUUGAAGAAGCUCCGACUUCAGAAAAGCCAUCAGUUUUCAGUCCUCUAAUAUCGAGUUUGCAGGGAGAAGCACCAUUUAAGUCUAGAUUGUUGAGAGUGUAUUUUGGUAAUCGUGAGAGUAUUCUGGACAUUUCUCUUAAACAAAUCAACGUGCGCUACGCAUGCUACAAAUACCAUGAUAAAUCUCAUGGAAUUAGGCAAAUUCCUCAGUCAAUAUCACUGUGUUGGAGUCUGCAAACUUUGAUUGUGUCCAACUGGUGGUACACUAGUUCUUUACCAUCCGAGAUUUGGAAGAUGCCACAACUUAGGCAUAUAGAUAUUCAUGACCAUAUUCAAAUUGAUCCUCCUGCAGCAGGUGACGUCUCUGUUUUACAAAACUUACAGACACUUAAAACAAUAAAUAAUCUCAUUUUCAGUGAGGAGUUGUGUGCCAAAAUACCCAACAUUAGAGAAUUGAAUAUUCUGUACAAGUUUGAAGCGGUAUCAGCUGUUCUGUACAAGUUGGCACAAGGAUUUGAACUAAAUCAAUGUUUCCAUCUGAAUAAUGUUGGCAGCUUAAGUAAGCUUGAAUCGCUAAGAAUCGAUUCGUCAAGCAAGUCUGAGUUGUGGAGGAAGCUAUAUAUAGAUGAAUUUAAGCUACCGAAUUCCCUCAGAGAGCUCACUUUACACAAUUUCUCUAUUGGGGAGAAGGGUAUGGCAAUGAUAGCUUCGUUACCUCAUCUUCAACUUCUUGAAUUAUGGGAUGCAGUACGAGGAGCAGAAUGGAAUUUUUUUAAACAGGAAUUUCAUAACUUGAAACAUCUUACCAUUUCUAAUGGUAAUGGUUUGAUUAAUUGGAUUGCUGACAAAUCCAAUUUCCCAGUGUUGGAGACGCUUUACCUUUCAUCACUACGGAACUUGGAAGAGAUUCCUUUAGAUAUUGGAGAGAUAUCCACACUUCAAAAAAUAACUGUUCAUGAUUGUUCAGAAUCAGUGAACAUGUCGGCAAUAAGGAUACUAGAGGAACAAGAGGAUCUCGGAAAUCAAUCCCUUCAACUUAUAAUUUAUAUCGGCUUGGCAGCAAUGUUGGAAGAGAGCAAGCAACGAUACACAUCCCGAAAUCUUCAGAUCUACAGGUAA